AUGGCUAAAGUGGUUUUUGGACAAACAUUGCCAGUUAUUCCACGUUCAACCUAUGCUGAUGAAAUCAAUGCUUGCCUUAAAUCAUCUAUUUUGUGGCGAAGUGUCCAUAUAUUGCGAAUUACCGAAAACAUGCGUGUUGGACUACAGAGAGAUUUAGCUGCAGAACUGUUUGCCAAACAAUUGCUGAAUAUUGUUAAUGGAAACGCAAGUCUUCAAGAAAAUACGCACUUUAUUAAAUUGCCAGAAAAUAUUUGUAAAAUUGUUAAUUCGAAAGAGGAAUUAAUAGAAAGCGUAUUUCCUCACAUAUAUCAAAAUUAUCAGAACCAUCAAUGGCUUCAAAGUAGAGCGAUUCUGGCUGCCAAGAACUUAGCUAUGCUACCUGGUAAUUUAAUUUCGUUAAAAUCCAUCGACACAGUGGUAGAUAAAAACGAGAUUGUGAAUUAUCCCACUGAGUUCCUAAAUUUGUGUGAUUUGCCAGGACUACCACCACACAACUUACUUUUAAAAGUUGGUUCACCAAUCAUUCUAUUACGCAAUCUAAACCCACCAAAUUAUGUAAUGGAACAAGAUCAUGGAAAAUUCAAAGGAGAAAAUAUAUUGCUUCCACGCAUACCAAUUAUACCAACCGAUGUUUCAAUUCAAUUCAAACGAUUGCAAUUUCCAAUUCGUUUAGCAUUUGCGAUAACAAUUAAUAAAUCUCAAGGUCAAACAUUAAAAGUAUGUGGACUGAAUUUGGCAAAUCCAUGUUUUUCGCAUGGGCAACUAUAUGUUGCAUGUUCCCGUGUUGGAAAACCUUCUGAUCUAUGUAUACACGGUCAAAUUGGCUUAACAAAAAAUAUUGUUCAUAAUUUAGCUUUAAGAUAA